GCUGGCUAAGUUUUUAAGGUGAUUAAAUAAACCAAGAGGACAUGUCCGCUUGGCAUUCGUUUCCCACAUAUCUGAAGUGAGGCUGCAUGCGCUUGGACGCACUCGUGAUUUUUGUUUGACCCUUUGAAAACGACACGGUCACCAGCCUAGUUAUCUGUAAAAACCGUUAGGCUUGUCCAUUAAUACUCUUUGGGCACGUUAACGAUCAUGAUUCUCUCACAGACAUGUGUUUUCAAGAGUAUUCUUCAACAUGGGCGGUGUUUUACAAGGAGUCGAUUUAGUGAAAAAGCGCUCGUUUCCAAGUUUACCUCUGCACCUCUGUCCAGCGGAGCCAUACACCGGGCUCAAUCCAGUUUCACUGGUGGAGUAGAGCGCACCCUCGUAGCGGUGAAGCCUGAUGGAGUUCAACGAAGAUACGUUGGACAAAUUAUUCAGCGCUUUGAGAAACGGGGCUUCAAACUAGUGGGUUUGAAGAUGUUGCAGGCAUCUGACGGUCUCCUGUCUCAGCAUUACCGAGAGCUCGUGAAGAAGCCCUUCUAUCCGAAUCUGGUUGACUACAUGACAUCGGGUCCUGUGGUCGCCAUGGUGUGGGAGGGCCUGAACGUGGUCCAGUCGUCUCGCAGGAUGGUUGGCCCCACCAACCCAGCGGAGGCCCCGGCAGGCACGGUGCGCGGAGACCUCAGCCUCCACGUCAGCCGGAACGUGGUCCAUGCCAGUGACUCUGUUGAGGGUGCUGAGAGGGAGAUCAAGCUGUGGUUUGAAGGCAAAGAGCUGCUCAACUGGGAGUGCUAUGACCAUAGUUUAACCUACAAAGAGGACAAAUAAAGAGGACCAAUGAAAGAGAGAGAUAAUGUGAAGCAAGUUGUUAUAACGGUUCAGUGAGAGGGGACAUUUUAGCUCAACCGCUAGUGGUUGAGGCCUCUGCAUUUUUUGGGAUCUACGUUUGUUUAACUUGACGCUGUGAUUUCAGGAUAUUUGUAUUGAUUACCACUGUCGAUUUUUUUCAUUGUGGGUUGCCAAUGUUUACGAUUCAUAUCGCGUUUUA